ACGACGCAUUGCUUUUCAUUUUCAUUUCAUUAUAUAAAGAGCGGUCGUUUCAGAGCUCUUGUUUCAUUGCCCUUGUGCUUUCGUCUUCGUGCACACUUUGAUUUCUUAUCCUUUUUUUCUCUGAUGCACUCUUCCUAUUCGCCACUUUUCACUUCAGGUCUUCUAGCGGAACGACGGGCGGGUCUCUCGUCUGCACACAGCGCCAACCUUCCGGUCGUCCCAUCAAACUCGAAGGGCACAUCCUACAAGGCACAAACUGCUGCUGCUGAUGAUCAUGCCUCGGCAUUUUAUUUCACUUUGCAAAUGGGUCAAAGGGAUACCGUUGAAUUUCGGUCAUUCCUCUCCCUCGACCUGGCAGACUCCAAUCGCUCGAUUGCAGGUCACAGGCGCAAGCCGUCAAAUGUCUCAAAGUCCACUAGUUGGACUUGUACAACCGAUAUAACCUCACCUCAUGACUUGUCACGAAUCGAAAGACCCGCCUUUGAACGUCUUCCACCAUUACCUUCAGCAUGUGCGCUCCACCGAUCGUCUCGUGAAUCUUUGAGGCAAAUUCCUUCUCCUAAACCUGCUCCGGUAUCAUCUACCUUACCCGAACCUCCAACAUCCCUUGAUCGCGCCCCGAACUUCUCCCCUCCGUCAAAGCCAUUUCGGUCUGCGACCAACACGUCUUUUUCAACACCCCUGUUAUCACCCAUUAGCCCAUCAGGGAAAGGGUCAUCCACACGUUCCUCAUCCAUCGCUUCGCAUCAGAAACGAAGAAGUCGCAUGGAUGCUCUGGCAUGUCUCGAGGGCCGCUCUCGUGCUGCUAACCGCAUCCCGAGGUCGAGUCUACGAAAAAAUUUCAUGAGCAUGAGCGAUGAUGAAGAUGAUGAGGCUAAAGUGCUUUCGUCACUGGGAAAUACUCCCUUCAUUCAAGUCGAGGAUUUCGGCUCGUUUGCAGAUAUCGAAGAUGAGGGAGAUGCGGUCAUCCCAUCUCCCAAACAUCUUUCCCCAAAACAAGCCACUUUCCCUCGUUCAGUCUCAGUCUCGUAUCCCCCGAAGCGACAGAGAAGAAGCACUGUCGACACAUGGUUUCCUCUGAAAAGCUUCAUCGAUCUGAAAGACGAUGAUCUAUCAUGGAAUUGGCGGAGCUUCGUCGAGAUCGGCGGUGUCUCAUAGGGCUCUCCCAUAUGCUAAAUGACACCUCAGGCUGCGCAUAUCCUAGAAAAAACCUUAUUCCGAUAUUAUAUCUUGCGGUGCAGGCACAUAGGAUGCGUCAGUCUUCGUGCGUAUAUCUACACCAUCACUUAUUAUCUAUGAAUACCCACAGCCUUUUAGUAUACCGCACUUGAACAGUUACUUCUUUCAUGUUCAUUAUUCAACACUUGUACUCUAGUCAUUACAUGCACUCGAGCGAUCAGCCAUACACACACGAUAUCUUCGCUUUCUGAUACUAUCGUUUGUGCCCUGACACUUCAGUUGUCGAUUCACGGCUCUUGAAGAGUAAUUUAUCUUGGUUUGAGAUCUGA